UCAAGGAAAUAAUCAAACGCGCCUUGCGUUCGUCUUCGUAUUUGUCUCUGUUCCUUCAGAUCCGUUCUGUAUGGAUUCCGUUCUGUGUUUAUGGAUCCGGAAUUCGAUUAGGUCUCCCCGAGAUCUACACGGUGAUGGUGGUUUUAAGACCUGAAGCUUUUAGAGUCUGUAAUCGGCUUCAGCUGGUGGUGUUCUUAUGCUUCUUCAUCGAUUUGCAGCUGAGACGAUGGAGCUUUCCUCGAAUCUGAAGGUGUUGUGCCUAGGAGUUUCUAUGCAGAUCCAAUCUCGUUUCGUUUUGUCUGGAGAUUCGAUUGUUGGUUACCUAGAGUUAUGGUAUUACUGGUUUGGCACGAUUGUAAUUUGACAAUUUGUGAGCACAAAGGGAAAGCUUGGAUUUGGAACAAGGAUGUAUAAGAAAUCGGGACGAUAGGCUUAGUGAAUGAGCUGAGUCCUGGACCGAUCUUUGUCAUCCGGCCUUUGCCAUGGCAGGUGCGCUUGCAUGGCAGGUCAAAGAAAAACUUAAUAAAAAAAAAAGAAAUUUGUUGGUUCGAGGGGGAGACAGCAUGGGGAUUUUUUUUUUAUAGCCCAGGGUCUCUUCCCCUCUGUGUUCUGCUUUCUUUACUUUUUAUUUGCUCGUUCUGCUCAUCCAAACCAGCCGAAUCUCAGGUUCUGGACAACUUCGGCGACACCAAAGGCUUGAAGCAAUAUCUCUCUAUCAGAUGGCUGGGGGUUGGGAUCACCUCUGGAGGCUCAGGUUGAAGUAACUUCUCACUAAGUAUCUAUUGAUUGAACUCGGAUGUAUUAUAUGUCAAGUCAUGAUCAGCCAGCAUAAGUGAACCUAUUCUUUCAGAUGGUUUUAUUAUAUCACUAUCAGAUUUAUUCAAGUAUCAUUCAUUAAAUUCAGAUGUAUUGGUAUGUCAAUCAUGAUCCCAGAUUAGUGAACUCUUCCUUUAAAUUGUUUGGUGGUUGUGUUAUAUUCUUUCGUUAUCAUGAUACUUGUGCAGAUUCUUAUAUGAUGAAAAAGGGUUUUUGGAUAUGACCUGAUCUCAAUGAAAUAAAUUUUGAUACAUGGUUAUGUUUUUUACAAGAAGUUUUGCAUGUUGCUACCAUGGUUGUACUCAUUUAUAUCUGCAAUUGAUACCUAAAGGAAAUUCCUUCGAAAGUUAAAUUCGAUUAUUUGUGUUUGAUUUCAAUCCUUUUGAGAUUUAAAGGUGCACAGUUCCUAUGAGCGAUGUCUUUGGAAAAUCAACUGAUUUCAGCUCUCAUAUAUUCUACUAUAUAUAUUUUGUUCCUUUUUUAUUUUUUUGUCAUUGUUCCCGUGUAUGUUCUUUUUGAGCCAUAUUUGGUCCCAUUGUUCCUUUCAAAGUUAAAAUUGAUUGUGUUAGAUUUCAAGAUUUUGAGAUUUAAAUAAAUGGGUGCAGAGUUCCUAUGAGCCGAAUCCUUGGAAAAUCAAAUGAUUCAGCUUUCAUAUAUUCUACUAAAUUUUAAACUUUGUUUUUUUAACCAGUACGGAAAUCAUUGUUCCCCUUUGAAAUUUUUACUUUUUGCCGAAGUGGCCUUCCUUAAUUUUUUUUUUUUUUAUAUGAAGUUGCAGGCUCACUUUUUUUAUGGCCAUAAGAGUUGUGAUUUGGUCCUUGGAAACGUUUUCUUCACAGAGGAAAAUCCGACUGAUUUCAUGAUUUGGUCCUUUGAAAUUUUAUCUUCAGUGAUUUUUUUCAACUGGUUUGAAUUUAUGGUCUCGUUUUGUGUUUAAAAUUCAGAGAGGUUGCCAUGGUUUGCCUGCACUCCAGCUGUUGUUUUAGCCCCACUGCUUUGAAUUCUUACAGUCUCUUUAAAAUUAUCCAAGCAGGUUUGCAUGGUUGGCAUUCAUUUCAUAUGUUGUUAUCCUGCUGUUAGUGGAACUAUUUUGUUAACCAGAGUUUGUUUUUUCCCAACGUUCAUGAUCCUUGUAUAUUUUUAUCCCCAUACUACAGCUGACUUGAAUUGCUCAACAAAAUAAUUAUCUGAAAGUCUUUAAACAAUUAGCAGGGUUCUGAUAUUUUAAAUUGAAAUCAUUUAUUAAGGGGGCAGCUCAUUCAGAAUCGUGGUCUCGCCGUUAUGCAAUUUCUGUUAAAUUCAAGAUCUGUAAGCUCAAAACGGUUGAGCGUCUGAGCCCUUGUGGUUUGGAUAUUGGUGGUUCGAAUCCACCCAGAUCUACCCUGAAUUACUGAUCUGUAUGGGCUCUUCCUAAAAUUUGGACCACAACUUCUGGCUAAAGGAUGAGUUUGACAAUUUAAGGUGAUGAGCUUAUGACACAGCCUCUCAUAUGGAAGAUUUAGUGCGUCUUCACUUCGCCUGCUGAACACUAGCAUUGUAGCAUCUUUUAACAUUUAGAGUGUGCUUUCUAAAUCUGCCUUGAUAAUUUCAGGAGGGUCUUUCGUUUUGGUCAGUAGAAGGGGACCUCAGCGGAACAUCACAUUGAUUCCUGCUUUUCUUUCUUUUUCUUUUCUUUUUUGGGCUUUUCUGAAGCAUUGGUGUUUUUGUCUUUCAUUUGGUUUACGUUUACCGUAGCCUCCGUAUGUGCAACGCAAAUUAUAUUGAAGUUGUCGCCUACAGUUUGGGAAGAUCAGCUUCCCCUUAAAUGCCCUGAAUGUUUUUAACUUUGACCGUUUUGAGUCACGCUGUCUCGGGUUCUGUACUUCUGUAUUUACUUUCCGUGUUGUGAUGUUCCCCUGGUCAGCAGCUGACCAGGGAUUUUGUGCUCAACUACCGUCCGAUUGAAAUCGGACGGUUGACAUGUAUCAUCUCUGAAAAAUUUAAAUACAUGUCAACCGUCCGAUUAAAAUCGGACGGUAGUUGAGCACAAAAUCUCUGGUCAGCUGCUGACCAGGGGAACGGGACCCUUCCUAGUAUUUUCAAAAAAAAAAAAAAACACUCAAGAUGUCGCUUCCAGACUUGUUCUUGUGCUUUCAGCCUUCCACUAUUUUUAGUUACCCAGAAGAUUAUAUCAUGAAUAAUGAUCAUCUUAUGUUAUUUGCUUGCUUGUAUGCGGUUUAAAAGGCUAGUAAUUAUACUAUUCUAUACCGAUUCAUGUUCAAAAGAGUCAAUCUUUAAGAGUUAAUUUUUUUAUAGUAAUAAUAUUUUGUUAAUGUCGCAAAUGAUUUUUUUUUUAGUUGAAUGAUGUCAGUCCUUUAUUGAAAUUGAAAAAUUACAACGAUGCUGUGUCAAAAGGCAUAAAUAAAGCAAAUAAACAAAGCGAAAGAAAAAUAUGUAAAAAUUGCAUCUGAAAUACAAAUAAUUAAAAAUACAAAUAAUUAAAAAUACAAAAGUAGCAGUGUCGAAACACAGCGCUGAUUAAACACUACGGAUUGCAGCCGUGUAGUGAAUUGAGUAGUCAGUGGUUUGACUACCCAUACAACCCCAAUCGUACAAUUGACUAAAACCAAUUUGGUGCCGGAAUGAGGGCACUCUCCCACCUAAAGAUUGAAGCCGGCCAAGGGUGUCAGAACAUGAUCAUGUUGGCAGACGAACUUUCACGAACAGAUACUAUAAACCUGGGUCUCAAAUCCAAUACCAAUAACGAGUAGGGGCCCAGAGGCAUUCCAAAUGUUGAACAACAUCCCAAUGAACAGAGUGGGCCGGAAAUCAAGCCCAAUAGCAAAAUUGGGUCGGAAGCCAAACCCAAAUUUGAGAAUGGGGUGCCACAAUAAAAAUCUCCAACUCUUUUUCCUACCAAGAGAGAUGGCCGUCACCGCUCAAACUAGAAGACCCGCCCAUACACCUUAUUCCGCUCCCCCCACUCGCCAAGCCCCAACCGUUAACAAAUCGCCUCAUUGGCUCGACUUCCUCAUUCUCUCUGCCGUCUUGCUCUUUUUCCUUGAGCUGAUCGUCGUUGUUGGGCGCAUAGCUAUUGACAAUAGGGUCGAGAAGGCGAUUCAGAAGCACGCGGCGGACGGGCUCGCAAGGGCGGACUACGCCGCGGCUAGCUGGGGCGCUACCGUUGUGGACCAUUCUGAGCCUCGUUAUGAGAGGGACUGGCCAUGGCUUGGCUGGUGGAGUACGUGGUGGAAUGGGGUUCACCAUAAAGCCAUUCAUAUGUUGAGCCCUAGUUUCGGAGAGCCAGGCCGGUGUUUUCCCUUGAAAGGGAGGAGUGGCUUUGUUGUGGUCAAGCUAAGGGAGCCUAUUGUGCCGGAGGCUAUUACUAUUGAACAUGUUUUGGAUAGUGUUGUUGAUGACCGGUCCGAUGCUCCCAAGGAUUGCCGCGUAACCGCUUGGUUGCAGCAUGAUCGGUAUGAUGGCAAGAAGAAUGAGUUUGUUUUGGCCGAGUUCAGUUACGACGUUCGGAAGAGCAAUGUUCAGACAUGUGGUGUGUCGGGAUCGGUGGCGAAGGCCCGCGAUGAGGCCAUUGUUAACAUGGUGGAGUUGCAAUUUGGAUCCAACAAUGGAAGCCCCGUGUCUACUUGCAUAUAUCGGCUCAGAGUUCAUGGCCAUAAACCUCGAUCGUAGUCCCUCAUUCGAAUAAGUUUAGCUUCACUGUUUUUUUUUCCUUUCUUUUUCCUGUUGGUUAUAGUUCCCUUUUGAACUUUGCCUAUUGAUAGCUAACUUAUUUGGAUUUUCUGGUUA